AUUGAUUAAAACAAAUAUUUUGCGAUUCCUGAUAUCUAUCGGCAGAUGCAAGUAUUUUUUUAAUCCAAGUUGGCAGCUCUACAGUAUAGAGCAUGUAUCUUUAAGACCCCCUACCAAUGUAAGUAGACUAGUUUGGCAUAUAGUCUAGGACAUAAGAGUGCUUAUGUCAUCAACAGAAGUACAGCAUCUAAAGCCCCAGAAGGAUGGUAGAGAAUAGGGGAGCUUUUCAUGAAAGAAAUAAUGAUUUUCAUUGUCAACUGUUAUAAGCUACCAAAAUUCCUGCAUUUGAUUGGCUCAGAAGAAAUUCUUCAUUGGAAUCACCAUUUUUCUACAUGAAACUCCACAGGACUUGGGAGUGAAUCAAUGUGAAUCGGAGUGCUUCAUACCAAGAUGGAUGUCACACAGUUAGUCUCCCAACUCUCCUCUUUGCAACGUCUUGCCCAUGCAACUCUUGAAACUGUGGACUACCAGUCCAAACUCUUAGGAAUAUCCAAAGACUGCCUGACCAAUGGGUUGGAUCUUGCCAAGACUGCCACUGAGGCUCUCAAAAACCUUCAGUCAUUGCUCAACGAGAAUGAGAGGACAAGACAAGCGUCGAGUCUGGAGGAAAUGGAAUCUUUGAAUUAUGAGGAGGAAUCUUCACAAGAGGCUACCAGUACUCCGUCUACAGAUGGAGACAUGGGCAAAGUUGAAUAUGAUGACUUUCCUAAUGAGAUUCCUUCUGUUGAGGUCCAAGAACCCAAAGAUGACAAAGCCAUUUCACACCCAGAUGUAUCUGCAGAACUCUUUGAUGACUUUGAAGAGGAAGAGGACAUUGAUGAAAAUAUGCUGGCUGAGAUUGAUGCAAUGUGUGAGGCUGCAGCCAAUUCAUCUACUGAUACCAUACAAGAUUCUACCACCUCAAGAGACGAUGAAGAUGAAACACUCAACGAUCUUUCUGUGACCCCACCAAGCAAAACAUACAUUGAUGCAUUGAAGAAAAGCUUUGGUCAUGCGUCUUUUAGACCAAUGCAGUGGAAAAUCAUCCAUUCUAUUUUGAAGAACAGAAGGGAUCAGUGUGUUGUCAUGGCAACAGGUUAUGGUAAAAGUCUUUGCUACCAGUUCCCGUCAGUUUUCACUGGAGGUGUUAGCAUCGUUAUCUCACCUCUCAUCUCUCUCAUGGAGGACCAGGUCCAAGCUCUUAAGAUCGCCAACAUCAAGGCAUGUUAUUUAGGAUCAGCUCAGAAAGACAUGGCACAAGCUAAAAGAAAUAUGAUCAAAGGAGAGUAUAGAUUAGUUUACAUGACCCCUGAGUUUGCUUCCGUUGCGACAGAUCUCAUUGAAGAUAUGCAAACAAAAGUAGGAAUUACUCUGGUUGCUAUUGAUGAAGCUCACUGCGUGUCACAGUGGGGUCAUGACUUCAGAUCAGCUUACAGAACUCUGGGAAAUCUAAGACAAUUACUUCCUGAGGUGCCCUUUCUUGCUCUGACUGCCACUGCUACUCCUAUGGUCCAGAGAGACAUCUGUAAAUCAUUACGACUCAAAAACCCUGAAGUCACAUGCACCAGCUUCGAUAGACCGAAUCUCUACCUACAAGUUGACCUAAAGACAGGUGACGUCCAAAGUGAUCUUGCCAACAUCCUUGUUGAAUCAAGAAAAUUUUACUAUGAAUUUGAUGGUCCAACUAUUAUCUACUGCCCAACUAAGAAGGCUACAGAGAGUGUAGGGAGCACACUCAAAAAUCUCGGGGUGAAGGCUGAUAUUUAUCAUGCAGGUAUGAACCCUGAGAGGAGAAAAGAAAAUCAUCAUAAAUUUGUUCGAGAUGAACUUCAGUGCAUAGUGGCAACAGUUGCCUUUGGAAUGGGGAUCGAUAAACCAGACGUCAGGAAUGUUAUACACUAUGGAGCUCCUAAGGAUAUUGAAUCUUACUACCAGGAGAUCGGUAGGGCGGGGCGUGACGGCAUGCCUAGCAACUGCUAUGCCUUCUACAGUCGAGGUGACUUUACAUUAAAUUGGCAUUUUGUAAGAGAGAUAAGGAGUGCAGAGUUCCAAGAACACAAGUCCAAAAUGAUCAAGAAGAUAGAAGACUAUGUUCAAACUUCACAAUGCCGUAGAAAGUUAAUCUUAUCACAUUUCCAGCACAAUGCAAAGAGUGCAUUGACAGGGAGUAGAGAUUGCUGUGAUAAUUGCAAAAGGAAACUUGAAAAGGGAUCAGAUAGUGUUGCAAGUAGCCAGCCAGAUGAGUUAGAUCUCAGUAAAGAGUUACACCAUCUACUGUCGGCUAUCGACGCCACAGGAGGGCGCUUCGGUCUCUCCGUUCCUAUUUUCUUUCUCAGAGGUUCGUCGAGUCAAAGGGUUCCUAAUUACCUAUUCAAGCACAAGAACUUUGGAAUUGGCAAGUACAGAUCUGAAAAAUGGUGGAAGGCAUUUGCAUAUCAAGUUCUACACAUGAGUCUUUUGGCAGAGCAAUCAAUCGCAGGCAACAGGUUCUGUUCGACUGUAGGUUUGUCAAGGACUGGUGAAAACUGGUAUAGGGACAUGGAGAGAGGAACAAAUGCUUCAUUUAUGAUUGAGCCAAGUCAGGAGCUACGAGCAGUGAUGAAGGAGAAGGAGAGAGCGAAGCCAACUAUCUUGCCCAAGACUACACCAGCACCUCUCACCAGACAGAUUCUACCCAGAGUACAAACGGGGGAUUGGGCCCAGUUCAUGCAGGCUAGCAAUGGAGGGGCUUCGGAGGAUAUCGUUGCUACGCAGAAACCGGUCGAUCCUAAAGAACAAGAAUUACAGGGUAAGCUGUACUCAAAGCUGAUGAAUCUACGGAAUGAGAUCGCCUCUGAAAUUGGUGCUGCCCCAUACAUGGUUGCUAACAAUAAGAAUCUACUCGACUUGGCUGUCAUUAGACCUGCCAAUCUUAAUUCCAUGUUGAAGAUUGAUGGGAUCGCUCAGGCGAGAGCUGAGAAAUUUGGUAUCCAGUUUAUCGAUGCCAUCAAAACAUAUUGUAAAGAGAAGGAUCUUGAGAUGGACAAUUUCCCCGCUUCAGCUCCAUCAAGCAUCAGCGAGAAACAGGAGGGCAGUCAGAGUAACGGAUCAUCAUCAGGAGGCUGCACUUUCCUACGAGGAGCUAAAGUUGGAACGUUAUCAGAGACUAAGAGAGAAUCGUACACCCUUUUCCAUGAGAAAGGGAUGACACUCGAAGACAUAGCAGUCAUGAGAGGACUAAAGGUUUCUACAAUUGGAGGUCAUCUAGCAGAUGCCAUUGAAGCUGGCUACCCAGUCAACUUUGCAAGAGCUGGAAUUACACCUGCAAUACAAAAAGAAAUCGAACAAGUUAUCAGGAACCCUCCAAUCAAUUCAGACAUCAGUGCCUUAGGCCCUAUCAAAGAAUUACUACCGCAAUACGAGUAUCAUGAGAUCAAGUUGGUCAUCGCUAUCCUCAAAGUGCAGUAUGGGAUGCCUGUCAAAGUCUCCGCUCUCUCAGACACAUCGUCUCCAUCAUCAUCACAAGGUUCCAAUGCGUCUCCAUCGACCAGACCUGGCCGGUUCGAUUCACCAAGUUCUUCCCAAAGGUCACGCUUUCCAAACUCCUCUCCUUCAACACCCUCCGCAACGUCUACCCCAUCGUCAAAACCCAGCGCCGUUACCAAGCAGCAUAGCAUUCCAGCCUACAUGACUAAACCACAGAAAGAAGUCUUGAAGCGCAGCCAGACAUUACCAGACAUGCCCCCAACGUCACCACCUGCUAAAGGGAAUGCCCCUCUGGGUCAGUCGAAAGGGGAUCAAUCCAGUUCAAAACGGAAGCUUCCGAGCUGGUUUAGUGGCUCUGCUGUCAAGAAAGGGAAGAAUGAGGGCAGCGGGACUCAGGAGAUGUCUACGAAAAAGAAACUGAAAGGAAACGCGCUGUUCAGGAAGUAGGCGUUCAGUUGGUGCAAUUCAAAGAAAACAGACACCUCCUUCUGUCUAGUUCAAACUGGGUCAAUCCAAUGACAACUAGACUCUAGAAACCUUGUUUGGUCUGUGGACGAGAAUGUGACUUUGUUCUGUCUAUUCAAAACCGGGUCCAACCAAAACAAACUGGAUUCUUGGAACCUGGGUUUGUCUAAUGUCUAUGGACAAAAACAAUUAUUGACCUGUGGACAAGGAUUCAAAGUUAAUUCUUUGUUCUGUUUAGUCCAAACUGGAUCAAUCCAGCAAGCACCGGAACCUAGAAAGCAUGAGGUAAUCCACUGUAUACCAGGUAAUAUGGUCUAAUUCUGUCAAGUACAGGUAGCCAAAUGUUUAAAUAUUUUUUUUAACAGCUUUUUGGCACUUAUACUGUAUAAAACAUUCUGAGAAUGUUGGUUUAUAUGGCAGUCACAUACUUCAUGUCCCAACAAACUUCCCCCUCGAAAAUAUGACCAUUCUCUGACGUCGACCCAAAUUUUUAAAGAUUGUUCCGGCUCAAUGGUUAUUUUAGAUUUCAAGAUGAACUUCAGCCAACUGUCUUGAUUUCAGGGUUUCUCUAGCCAAGAAGGUUACAUGUGCAAAGUGUGAAAAUGGGAUUGGGGACAUAAAGUAUGAGUAUGAUAAGAAAGUUGAAGAUUCAUGAUGGAACUAGGUCGGGGCUCAAUAAAAAUGUAUUGCUGAGAAAGUGUGUCUUGGAUAAAGAUCACAAGAAGUCAUGGUAUUUGAAGACGUAGACAUAAAGAUGAGCUCCCUGAUUUUGAUAGAAAGUUUAGUAUUGGUUUAUUUUAUUAUGAUUAUUUUGCGCCCAUAGUGAAAAGCAGUAGGUAAAUCUGUUUUUCUCUGAUAAGUAUUACAAACCAACAAGAUGGCUUCAGCAAGCCAUUGUAGGAUUCUUUGACAGUCAGUUUUUGGAAUUUUCAAACCUUGGGGGGAGGGGGUUGAAAAAAUUGCUUCUUGAUGUAAUGUUGGAAUGAUUGGGUAUCUGCUUUAUUUGAUUCAUCAAACAAGGACAAGAUAUGGGAGUGGCUGAGAGACAAAGGCCUGGUUGCGAGAUCUAUGAUCUGUGAAGUAUGUGAUCGGCAUUGCAGCUUCCAAAAGAAAGCUGAGAGAACAUCAGGCAACAAGGAGCAAAUGCCCAUGACAAGACCUGUUGCAUCACCAAGAACUCAUUCUUUGAGCAUACUCACCCUGCUUUUUAUGUGGUUCUGGCUCUUUGAUCCUAGCCUGAAGCAGAUUUCAAACAUGUCUGAGGUAGGAUACUCUGUAUCAUCAGUCAACUGGGCGAAUUAUAUGCAAGAUAUCUGCAGGCAAUUUGUCAAUGACCUCUACUACAAGGACACAGAGAUUUAGAGGCAAAGUGGAACUACCGUAGAUGAUAGUUUCUUAGGGAGGAGAUGCAAGUUCAACCGCAGGGAUCCAAAUCCUGGCCGCAACGUAUGUAUUUUUGGUAUGAUUGAGAGAGAGCGAUGAACUGGCUAAUCAUCUACCCCAUCGAUAGGAGGGAUGAGGAGACACUGGAAGCUCACAUCAUGAGACAUAUUGAAUUAUAAUGCACGUAAUGCACAUAUAAGAUACAAAAGUUGGGUGUGGAACAUAAAAUAAGAGUAUAAUAAUAAAUCUACUAGUAAUUGACUUUCUUCAUCCAACAGGGUUAUAAAAGUUGGGUUGGGACAUAAAGAAUGAGUAUACUAAUAGAGAUGAAUCUACUUGUAAUUGACUUUCUUCAUCCAAGUUGUAAAAGGUGGGUGGGGGAUAUAAUGGUUUAGAUCUGGGUCAUGAUGUAUAAGGGAGAGGUGCGUUCUCCAUAGGACGUGGUCCUGGUACUUUGGAGAAGGUAUGCUUUCGGUCAUUACACGCUCGCUCUGGUAUAAGCUGCAUCUGAAACGAAGGGUCCAAUUAAAACAAAGUACAGAAAAUAUAGUUAAGAGUAUGAAUAUCAUGAAUAUAUGAUUAGUGAUGUUUUGAACAGUGAAAUGGGAAGAAAUUUUGAUUGAGAAAUUGUUGGGACAUAAAGUAUGAAAGUAUGAGAAUGGUGAUAAUACUGAUAUGAGAAACGUAUAGUGUAAACCUCUGUUU